GCCGAGCAAACAACACGCCAAAUCCAUUCAGAGUGCACGUAAUUUCUAAUUGAGUGUCAAGUUUAAAGAUGGGCAAAAUGAAAAUAUUAGUAAUGCCUUUGCUGCAGGCAAUUCUUCUGAUUGGCUCCCUGGAAGCUGGCUGUCCCGUGUACCUCACCAUUUCGCUGACUGGCAAGACACUGCAGGACACCUUUCUCGAGGUCAACUGGGGUCCCAACUGCUACGGACCGCCCCAGUGGGUGGGCAUCUACGGCCAGGAUCCGACCAUCUCCAACUUCCUGCCCGAUCUGCGCAUCGAUGGGCUGGCCAACAGCACGGGCAAGAUGAUUACGCCCAUCAAACUGGGCAAACUGCACUUUCCUGGAGGCUGGAAUCGGCAGGAUGACGGCGAUCAGGCGGUCACCCGAUACCACACGGGCAAGUGCCUGCCGCAUUACGUGGCCAGCUACAAUGGCACCGAGCUGCUCACCGUGGACUGCCUCAAGAUCCAGCCCAACUGGAUGGCCCAGAUCAAGGACGUCAGCCAGAUGCCGCUGAAGAACGUCUUCCUGCCCGGCACGCAUGCCUCGGGGGCCGUGGUCGGCAGCUCCAGCAAGACCAAUUCGAUCCUGGUCAGGGACUACCUGGUGGCCCAGCAGUUCGAUGUUUGGUCCCAGCUCGUCUUUGGCAUUCGCUACCUGGAUUUCAGCAUAGGUUACAAGAACAUGAACACCGAUAACGAUGCGGACAAUUUCUGGAUAGCCAACGAGAACAUGCUCAUAACACCUCUGGUUGGAAUUCUCCGAGAUGUCCGUCAGUUUGUAAAGCGAUCUGGCGAGGUGGUGGUGCUGGAUUUCAGUAGCUUUCCCAUUGGCUUCUACAAGCACCCGGAAGUCUACAGUUCGCUGUUCCGCCUGCUGCGACAGGAGCUGGGCGAUGAGGCCUACAGGCGCAAUGUGUCCAAUAACGAGCAUUGCGCCGAUCGGAACUUCCGGGAAAUUCUGCAGCAGAACAUGCAUCACCUGGUGAUACUGUUCCCCGCCCAGGAACUACCGUAUCCGUAUCCGGAGUCAAAUAUGAUCUGUCCGCCGUGGCAACGCUUCAGCAGCAGUUUCAUGAACAUUUCGCAGACCCUGGACUACAUGCGCCUGCUGUUCAGCAAGAAGCCGGACUCGCCGGUGCGGGACGAUGGCUGGAUAUUCACCGCCGUGAGGAGCAUGGAGCAGACGUUGAACGCCCACCAGCUGCUGACCGCCAAGCAGCGAGCGGCGGUGCUCAAUCCCAAGGUCAAUCAGUGGCUAAAGGGGCCUUGGGGCAACAACGCCAAUGUGGUGGCCAUGGACUACUUCAGCAACACGAACCUUGUGGAUCUGGCCAUACAAGUGAACGCCCACAAGGCCUUCAUCAUGGCCAACCAGGACUAUGUUAAUUUGGAAAUUUUGAAUUUGACUUGAAAAUGAAGGGCUCGAGUUGUAUGUUUCAGUAAUAGAUAUUUUGAAGAGCCAA